UAUAGCAGAGUUUUCUGACAGACUGAAUCAUGGGCAUAAAACCAUAGCGGCCUUUUGGGCGUUUCUUCCAUCGCGUGACACUCCCAAAUAAAAAGUGCUACGCGACCAGUGUCAGUAUUUUGGCAAUCGGCGGACAGUUUUACAGACAACAGGAAACAUGGACACACGGGCUGGUUUCGUCGUGUUGUUGUGCCUGAUUGGAUUCACCUGCGUGGAGAUGACCGUGUUCAAAGCCUGUCCCUCUUCGUCUGGUAAGGUUGUUUCGGUAGAUAUUGUUCCAUGUAACACUGUGCCAUGCCAGCUGCACAAAGGAGAGUCCUACACUGUGAAUGUGACGCUCUCCAGUGAUGUGGACAGCAAUGGGUGCACGGCAGUGGUUCAUGGUGUCAUUGCUGGAAUUCCUGUCCCCUUCUCCAUCCCCAAUAGUGACGGCUGCAAGUCAGGAAUUGAGUGUCCAGUCCAAAAGGGUCGGAAUUAUAACUAUGUGGCCACUCUACCUGUGAAGACGGACUAUCCCUCUAUAAGUCUGACUGUGAAAUGGGAAUUGACAGAUGACAGUAAAGAGGACUUGUUCUGCAUCAUGUUCCCAGUUGAGAUUGUGAGCUGAUCAAACGACCUCAGACAAGUGUUAAUUCUUUUUUUUUUUCUUUAAAAAAAAAGGGAUUCAGUUUGGUGUAAAAUGUGUUCUAAAUAAGCUCGAACUGAUUAAAUUGGUUUUUAAUGUUAGUUUCUUUUGCAAGUCACUCAUCGGUUUUCUUCCUGUAAACUGUUAAUUUUAAACAUAGAUGUGGCUUGACUACAUUCCACUAAAGCCCUAAUGUCUGUUUUACUGACUGCCGUGUAGUCAGAAAAAUUGCAAACUGUACUUGUUAAUUCUUUAAUAUUUUGCAUUGACCUUGCAAUUUGAGUACUACCAUGAAAAUGAAAUAAAAUUCUAAUAAAUAAGAGGUUAGUUCUCACUGAAUCUGAUCUGAAUAAAUGUUCAGCAUCUUGAAUGAGAUGUAUGCAUUAAACAUCAUCUGAGCUGUU